AUGGAUAUCAAACCGCUUGAUUUAAUCGGAAUAAUUGGAUUCGAUGGUGUUACGAAAAAUGCAUUAAGACUGCAUCCUGAUGAACAGUAUUUAAUUUAUCCGAUGGGGAACAAAGUGACGAUUAAAAACAUAGCCUCAAGUGAACAAACAUUUUUAAUUGGACAUACGAAUUUAAUUUCUGCCGUAUGCGUUUCUCCUUGCGGCCAUUUUGUGGCUUCCGGGCAAAUAAAUCAUCUCGGAUUUAAAGCAACAGUCAUCAUUUGGGAUUAUAAGACACGUACCGUUAAAAGUAGUUACGAAAUUCAUAAAGUAAGGGUCGAAGACGUUUGCUUUACAUUGGAUAGCAAUUAUUUGAUAAGCCUUGGUGGAAGAGAUGAUGGUAACGUUGUAAUAUGGGACGUACAAAAUAACCAUGCUAUGUGUGGAUCAUUUGCGAGUAAUGAAAUAGCUGGUAAUACUUACACAAUUACAAGAAUGAAUACACACGGUGAAUGUUUCCUUACCGGUGGUGAUAGAACCCUUAAAGUUUGGCGAAUAGAUUCGAAAAGAAGGAAGGUGUAUGGGGUGAACGUGAAAGUAGGAAAGUUAAAACGUUCGAUAAACUGUAUCGCCAUAAGUGAAAAAGAUAAUGAUGCUUAUUGUGGAACGUCCUCGGGCGAUAUAAUAAAAGCAAGAUUGAAUUAUCGUCCUGAAGGUGAAGAACAAAUAGAACCAGUGAUGGUAGGCUGCUAUUCAAAAAUGUAUAAAGGCUCAAGAAAAAUUAAUCCAGACAAGGGUCAAAUCGAAUGUUAUGCUGGUGGUGUUAAAAAAAUUUUGCUACUAAAGGAUGAGAAAAUGAUCAUUGGUGCAGGCGACGGUACGAUUGAGCUCAUUGAAAUUGUGGAUAUUGAUUUCAGUAAAAGAAAAUUGACCAAAUUACCGAGUACACCGCAAAUUAAAACUCAUCUUGUAGAAAAUGUCUGCAGUACCGUGACAUCAAUGCUAUUGUACAAGAAUGAUUUUGUAUUGGUUGGAACUGUCCUAAGCGAGAUUUACCAAAUAAGAUUGCGCGAUUUCGAUAUGAGACUUAUUGUAACUUGUCAUAACAGUUCCAUAUACUCCAUUGUUUUUCCAUGGAAUUAUUCUGAAAUAUUUGCAACAGCUGGAAAGAAUGAUAUCAGAUUGUGGAGAUUAGAAACGCAAAAGGAAUUACUUAGAAUAACUGUGCCGAAUUUUGUUUGCAGCUGUUUGUGUUUCUCUUACGAUGGACGAAUGAUAAUUUCUGCAUGGAACGAUGGUAUUGUAAGAGCGUUCACACCACAAAAGGGUAAACUUAUUUUUACUAUUCAUAACGCUCAUAUAAAAGCAGCAUCGGCAGUUGCGAUAACAGCAGACGGGAAAAGAUUAAUCAGCGGUGGAUGUGAUGGGCAGGUGCGUAUAUGGGACAUAAAACCCGAUGUACAGCGAUUGGUCUCAAUUUUAAAGGAACACAGAGGACCCAUAACAUCUUUGUGUAUAUCCUCCAACAACGAGGACUUGAUUAGUUCUAGCACGGAUGGUACAUGCAUAAUAUGGGACAUAAUACGUUGCUCGAGGAAGCAAGUUUUAAUGGGUAACACGAUGUAUAUGGCUGCAUGCUUUAGUCCCAACAGCAUACAAAUCUUGACUUGUGGUACUGAUCGUAAGAUUGCAUACUGGGAAACAUGGGAUGGUUCGUUGGUUCGUGAAGUUGAAGGUUCCACCUCAGGAUCAUUAAAUUGCAUAGACAUUAAUCUUGAUGGACAAUACUUCGUCACUGGUUCAAACGAUUGUAUUGUUAAGCUCUGGGAAUAUCAUACAGCCAAUGUCACACACAUUGGCAUAGGUCAUGCCGCGAUAAUAACUGCGUGUAAAUUUAGCCCAGACGGGGAACAUGUGGUAUCCGUUAGUGCCGAUGGCGCUAUCAUUAUUUGGAAGUUUCCAUUUAAGACGUCUCUUAAAACACCAUCCAUCAAAUCGAAAUCUACGACGGCACAUACCGUUAAAUCAUUAACGAAAUCUGAAGGGAAACGCGACGACGAUUUAAAGUUGGACAAUUUAGAGAAAGAACAUGUUUCUGCUAUGAGCCGUGUGGAUGAGACUGCUGAAAGUGUUAGAACUAUGUACCAUGGUGAUGAUCAGCCACAGCCAUGUACGCGCGAUCCAGCUGGUAUACCUUCCCCAGUUUGCACGUGCAUCAAAGACAAAGACACAAUAUCGGUAAGAACUGUGAAAACUGAAGUAUCCUCUAAUGUUUGUAGUCGCGCGAAUAAGAUGGAAAAAAAAUCAUUGCUUAGUUCUAAAUGUAGCCCGGCAAAGGCAAUUGAAACGACAAACUCCGUAUCAUCGUCUAGCCAACGCCGUGCGUCUCUGCAAAGCGAUAAGAAAUCUUUAUUAAAAACGAAAAUUACGACUGUACGAAAAUCUUUACAAUGA